AUGCUCAACAGCAGAGGCCCAAAACAGGGUCGGCGCCUGCUCCUGAUGAAUGUCAUGAAGUCCACUAUGCUCUAUGGGGCACCAGCCUGGGCUAAUGCCAUGACGGUCAAGACAUAUAGGAGACGCCUAGAGACCACAUACCGUCUUGCGGCGCUGAGGGUCUGUUGCGGCUUUCGCACAAUAUCAGACGAUGCAGCUCUUGUCAUAGCAGGUAUGACGCCCAUCGACCUGCUAGCACAUGAAGCACAACGCAUCUAUGCCACCAAGAUGGAGUCAGCGCCGAAUCCUGCUGAGCUAAAGGGUGUUAAGGCUGCGGCACGUCAGGAAAGCUGGGACGCUUGGCAACUUCGCUGGACGAACUCGAUUAAAGGCAGGUGGACAUUCAGGCUUAUUCCCGAUCUGAAAAUGUGGCUGCAACGGAAGCAUGGCGAGAUUUGGUCACCAGGCGAGUGCGGAAUGCACUUGGUGCAGGAACGGUGA